GUCACAUCGACACAAGAGGAGACAACCUACAAUGCUUCUCAUGGAAAUCUCUUUCUACUAGGUACAGUUUCUCAUGUCAAUUGUUUCUAAAAUUCCCAUGGAGCUUAAGGGUUCCAAUGCGUCUUCAUGACUCGAAACAAUCUUGGCGAUCAUUUACCUUGGCUUCUCGCGAAUGUUGCUUUAAACGCGCUAAACGCGCCCGUUUUACCACCAGCUUUCAAUCAAUCAUCCUCCGAACCCACAUCUUCUCUUGAUCGCUCUACGAAUAUACGUCCAGAAACGCGUACUCGACCUGUUACCGAAUCACCUCUGUAUCCAGUUCUUCCUGCUCCUCAGCCCGCCCAACCGGAGUCGACUAAUGGGUCUACCAAACCGGCCGCGAAACCUCUCCAAGUACCCCGGGGGGAAACGGUAGCAGGAAGGGAGAAAGAAACGGAAAGCAUGGGGCGUCUAACUUCAAAAUCUGGUUCAAAGCGACCGACUCUCGUCUUACGCCAGGAACAAUUACUUACUCCGACAUCUACACGCGGAGGUGCGGGGUCCCUUGCGAAGGAAUAUACAGCCUUGCUAAAGAACUCAGGUACUGCAAGUUCAGCCAAGAAAAGAACCUCACCUCGACGCGAGUUCCCAACACCGGGUCCGACAUUUGGGAGCGACCAGACCUUCGAUACUGUCGAUUUAACCGGAGAUGAUGAAAUAACUUCACCUAAUUCCGUUGCAUUUGGAAAUAAUAUUAGGCUAUGGCGGGAGGACUUUGCUGCACGACCUGAACCGUUUCCUACUACGACUGAAAACUCCGUUGCAUUUGGGACCGAUAUUGCGCUCUGGGAGGAAGAGCAUGCUACGCGGGCGGAACCUAUUCCUACGACCACAGAAAACUCGGUAGCGUUUGGGACCGAUGUUAUGGUAUGGGAGGAGGAGCAUGCUACAAGGCCAGUGCCACUGACGCCGAAGCGAGGUAAAAAAAGGAAAAGUGAUCAAAUUAGUCGACCGCCUGCUACCACUGUUGCUGACGCAGAUGACUUCCCUGAUAUCUUCGAAGUUUUGUCCGAGGAAGAAGUUGCGUCUUCCCAUCUAAAACGAUCUCCAACAAAAUCACCAGCAAAGUCGAAACUGAAGACAGAGGUUACUCGAACGCCAUCGAAGCCCACAACUUCCCCAAAGAAAGAAACAUCCCGUCGAGCUCGAAGAGGAACAGAAAUCCCUGACGACUCGCCGUUCGACGCCGACUGCACUAUAAAGCAGUCCCCACCAAGAACAUCUCGGAAGAAUAAAACUCUUCGUGAUGUAACCCCUGCUGUUGAGAGCAAGGAUACCAUCCUUUCUAAGCAUGAAUCGUCUUCGGAGGCUCCCGAGACUCCUAGAGCACAGAUGACUCAUCAGCCACACAAUCUAAAGAGUAAAGAUCGAGUUAUCGAGGAUUCCGAUGAUGAACUCAUGACUCCUCCUGCUUAUAAUGUACCAGGUAGUACGGCUCUUUCGAAUAACCGCCCCAGAACAUCUGUUCGGAUAUCUCAAGAAGACGAUUUCGUCGUCGCCUAUGACACGCCCUCGAAGCCAAAGCAACCGGCUAUUAGCGAAAGACGUACACCAUUCCGAUCACCUCGGAAACAUGAGCAAAGCUACUCUUCUAACCUUGAUACAAUAAAAGAUGAUGAUCGCGAUCUCCGAGCAGCUGGUCCCUCGCAAGGAUCUGAAGUCCCGUAUGAAACUUGUAUUGAGAUCGACGACGAAGAGAAAAACGCCAUACUUGAAUUAUUCCUAGCUCAACCGUCAGCUAUUGAGAGGAGAAGGAAAUCCUUGGAAGACAGAUUGCGGGAAAAUAGGGAAGCUUACAUGCAAUCCUUAAAAAAGGGCGAACUCGCACCCAGAGGCCGUCUCAAGCGGGAGAAGGAACAGCUCGCACAGCAGCAAGCAGCCCUAGACGAGCUCUGUGGUGAGUAUCGAUCAUAUGAGGAAGUCCAACUCAAAAAAGAGGCUCUGAUUGCGCGAAUAACGGAUGCCUACGAUCAAGAUUUGGAUACACAGGACGACGAGGUUCGUCUCGAGGAAUUGGAAAAUUUGCUUAAGGGGCGGCAAUUGUCCCUAAAGGAUAGCAUUGUGAAAGCGGGCAUCGAUAAUCGAAAUUUAUUUGAGAGCGACCAGACUCACAAUACCGAAGCGUACCAAACUAACCCUGUUGUGCAAGCAACUCAGCCAGCCAGAGUCGCUCAGCCGACGAGUUUGUCGCGAGAAUCAACCCUUGUCCCACGAGGUGGCACGCAAGUUAUCCUCCAAACACAGCUGCCUCGACAGAUGGAACCUCCACCACUUCCUAAACACGACCAUUUUGAAUCCACAUCACUUCUACAGAAUUCAAUGGGAAGACACCGUCGUCGGGUCCCUUCCCCUUCGCCCGAUAUCGAUGCAAUGAUUGAUGAUCAGCCGCCUUUCACUAUAGCUAGCAGCAGUAAGCUGUCAAAAACCCCAACCCGUCAGAAAUCGACAAUGUUUGUGGAGCCGGACCCCUACGGCUUCGACGAUGACGAUGACCUAUUUGAGGAGCCGUUACCUCCACCUAGUCGUCGAACAGCAAAGAAAACGGCGGCCAAUGUGCAACAGGCGAGCGUUAGAACACAUAGGAGUCCAACCAAGGGAAAAUCCAGCCGCCAGCAGGGAUAUCACAGUGAUUAUAGUGAUGAUGUUGACAUGGUUCAGCUUGCAGAGGAAUUUGACCUUCAAAAUUCAUCAGGGGAAAGCAGACAACAUAGAUCCCAGCGACCCGCGCUUUCAGAAACGUCGGGGAAUGCGGGUGUACGACCCCAGAAGACAGCUGUCCAGAAGACCACAGAUCCGACAAAACCAGGCCAGAUUCCGCGAGAAAUCAAGAAUCGUCCAUGGUUUAAAGACGUGAGAAGAGCACUGAAAGAUAGAUUUAGGAUGACUGGUUUCAGGCAUAAUCAACUGGAGGCGAUUGAUGCUACUCUAUCCGGCAAGGAUGCGUUCGUCUUGAUGCCUACGGGAGGUGGAAAAUCUCUCUGUUACCAACUCCCGGCUGUCGUCACUUGCGGGAAGACGCACGGCGUCACAGUCGUCGUAUCACCUCUUCUCAGUUUGAUGCAAGAUCAGGUGGACCACCUAGAAGCACUGAAUAUCGCGGCAGCUUCCUAUAGUGGCGAUAAGAAAGUAGGUGAUCGUCUCAAGAUUAUGGGAUACCUUCAGGAGCGGAACCCGGAACUUCAUCUACAGCUUCUUUACGUCACUCCAGAAAUGAUAAAUAAUAGUAACCAAUUCCAAGAGGGAUUGAAUGCGCUCUACCGAAAUAAGAAGCUCGCUCGUCUUGUCAUCGACGAGGCCCAUUGUGUCAGCCAAUGGGGCCACGACUUUCGCCCAGACUACAAAGAACUUGGGAGUUUCCGGGAUAGGUUUCCCGGAGUGCCUAUCAUGGCCUUAACGGCUACCGCAACUCAAAACGUCAUUCUGGAUGUCAAACACAAUUUGGGGAUCGAGCAAUGCGCUGAAUUUACUCAAAGCUUCAAUCGUCCGAAUCUUUACUAUGAGGUCUUAAAAAAGGAGAAGGACAGCGUUGAAAGUAUUGCCGAAUUGAUCAAUACAAAAUAUCCUGGGAAAACAGGCAUAGUCUACACACUUUCUCGAAAGUCGGCGGAGAAGAUCGCUGAGAAGUUACGAGGCCAUGGCAUAGCAGCUCAGCACUACCACGCCAGUAUAAAAGUCCAGGAAAAGGUGGAAGUCCAACAAAAGUGGCAGGCCGGGCGGGUCAAGGUUGUUGUUGCAACCAUCGCUUUUGGUAUGGGAAUUGAUAAACCUGACGUCCGCUUUGUCAUCCAUCACUCAAUCCCGAAGAGUCUCGAAGGAUACUAUCAGGAGACUGGCCGUGCCGGCCGAGACGGCUUGGCAUCUGAAUGCUACCUAUACUUCAGUUAUGGAGAUGUCACCUCUAUGAGGAGACUUAUCACAGAUGGCGACGGCAGCGAGGAGCAGAAGGAAAGACAGAGGAAUAUGUUGAACACCGUCACUGCCUUUUGCGACAACCAGAGUGAUUGCCGCCGAGUUGAGAUCCUCCGCUACUUUGGGGAGACUUUCGAUAAGGAGUUAUGUGGCAAAACCUGCGACAACUGCUUAAACAAUGACGUGUUUGAGCAAAAGGACUUUAGUGAAUAUGCGAUAGCCGUCCUAACGAUCGUGAAGUCCCAAGGAAAACUCACGCUCAACCAAUGUACGGAUUUCCUGAUGGGGAAGAGGAAGCUGUCAGAUUAUAAACCCGGGACCGAACACUACCGCGGAAUAGCAAAGCAGAUGCCUAAAAACGAGGUUCAUCGCAUCAUUGAUCGCCUCGCUGCUGAGGGUGCAUUAAGCGAAGAGAACACUUUCAAUCAAAAGGCUAGAAUUGCUAUUCAAUACUUUAGAACUGCGUACGGGGCCCGUACAUUCCUAAACGGCCAACGUAAACUUCUCCUGACUACCCGAGUUAAGAGCAAGGAUAGUCAGGGAAGUACAUCUAAAAGACAGACGCGGAUCACUAAGCCGGCAGCAGCAGCAACAAAGCGCCUCGCCUCAGGCAAUGUUCCAUCUACUAAUGUGUCAUCGCCUAUCCUAAGUAAGGAUCGCAAAAAGAAGGGGAAAGCUGUCGCGAUGCUAGACGACGACGACGACGAGAGCGACGAGGAUUAUUCUAGGUUUAGCAACGGAUACGCUAAAGAUGGAUUUGUUGUGCCUGACGAUACCGACGACGAUUUUGAGACGAUGUUCCCCCAAUCUAAAGGUCGAUCACAGCGAAAAGCCCUGGGUCCGCCGAUAUCACACGACAUGCGGAUGAAUGACGCCGAAUUAUCUGACAUUCACGAUGAUAUCAUCAGUAACUUUCUCAAUGAAGCCAAGGAGUUAGAAGAAAACUUGCGGAAUUCCAAGAAUCUACGCACUCCUAUUUUCACCGAGCAACAACUCCGCGAGAUGGCUAUACGAUGGACUAUAACGCUAGAUAAAAUGCGCGCGAUCCCCGGUAUCAACGGUGAUAAAGUGGGUAGAUAUGGCAACAAUUUCGUACCCUUAAUCCGACAAUACCAUAUCCGGUAUGAAGAGAUCAUAGGGGCCGCCACUCCCGCAUCUGGCUCCCGCAACGUAGUGGACCUCGUAUCAAGCGACGAGGAAAUGGAAGACAUUGACUACGACGAUGGAGAUAUGAACGAUCAAAGCGCAAUAUCGUCCUACUUUGCAGGCCCAGACCCGGGUCCAGGUCCAACUGCGCGUACGGGGCGAGGUGCUUCCGCCACUGCCACAGCGUCUCGCGCACGCUCAACCUCGUCGGCGCCAAGGGCAAGCAAAGCGACUGCAUGGCGCGGAAGCAAAAAACCAUUCCAGCGUAGAUCAUCGGGUGCUUCUAGUAGGGGCAACAAGGCGUACGGGGGCGUCAAGAAGAAGGCCACGGCAGGAAGCCGGAAGACUACCGCCGGUACUUCCUCCACAUCAUUCGGCGGACCAUCAAGGUCGACGGCGAAGCCGAGCAGAGGAGGCAGAUCGCAAGGCGGGGGUGCGAGCCAUAGCGGUAUCGGGCUCAUGGAGUAUUAACGAAUCGAGUUAAGGUGUUCGAAACAAGUGCGCGUUUUUACAUACCCUUUCUUACUUUUUACGCUACCUACAUUAUCACGCCUCUUUAUUUUUCACGGCUCGGACGAACGAACUAACUGCAUGGUACGGACUAUGGCUAUGGCAAUGGUGAUGGCGAAGGGCGAACUGAGGGCAUCGGGGAUAGGCGGUUUGAUAUUUAUAUAUGACAUACAGUACGUACCUAGGUGCAUACAGAUAUUACAUGUUUGAUUUGA